AAAAAAAAAAAAAAAAAAAAAAAAAAAAAAAAAAAAAAAGCCUAAAGCAACAAGAACCCCUCCUCUCUGUUCUUGCUUAGGUAGACAGCCAGCUAUAGCAUGAAGAACGUGACAAUGUUCACAAGGAAGCCAUGGAUCAGGCCUAACGCGGACUAGUCCAGCCCAGCCCUUAUGUAAUAACGUCAUCCCGCGAAAGAUAUAAUAUGCAGCGUUGUCUAUCUAUCUAACUUAACCUACUCUACUCUAUCUAACCUAACCACCUUGUUUAUUAAAAAGAAAAAACUAAACGCCGGAUUGGUCUACGACGGAACGCCCUUCUAGAAAGCGAAGCAAAGCAAACGCGAGGAAAAGCAAAAAAGCAAGCAGGCAAAAACAAAGUCAGAGUCAAACAAAAGCAAAGACAAAGCCAAAAAGUCAGACACCAUGCCGUCGCAACAACAACAAGUCAUACCGCACCCCAGCCAAGAAGGCAGCAGCAACAACAACAACAACAACAACACCAUCAUCACCCGCGCCGCCGCCCUCGCCCGCUGGCCGCACAGCGCCGACCAAAUCAGCGUAACCGGACUCAAGACCACCGCCCCCGCCGGCCGCGACCUCUGGGGCCGCAAAAAGCCGCAGCCGCUCGAAGUCUCCGUCACGGUAGCGGUCGCGCGCCCCUUCGACACGGCCGCGCAGGCCGACGCCGUGGAUGCCAGCACCGUGCACUAUGGCCUGCUGAGCAAGAGCGUGCUGGGCAACAUUGCGGCGGCGGCGCAAGCGCAAACACAAGCGCAAGCACAAGGCCAAGAGCGUGAGACAUGGCUUAGCACGAUCGCCGUCGCGCACGCUGCCAGCAAGGCCAUCCUCGCGAAUGCGCCGCUGGCGAAUCUCGCCGCCGCGGAGGUCAAGGUGCGGUAUCCGAAAGCGAGCACGCAGGGCGAGGGCGCCGGCGCCGUCUUCACGCUGUUCUAUAACCGCGAAGAGCAGGAGCAGGAGCAGGGCCGUCUCGCUGCGCUCUCGCAGGUCCUCUAUCUCGAAAAUGUGCGCAUCCCCACGCUCAUUGGUGUCAACCCGAAUGAGCGCUUGAAGAAACAGCUCGUUGUUGCCAGCCUUUGGAUCGAUAAGCUCGCGGCCGGCGCUGCGGACUGCUAUGUUGAGGUCGAGGACUUGCUUGUCUCGACCAUCGAGUCCACGACCUUCGAGACGCUCGAGGCCCUCGCUGAGACAGUGUCGCGCCGCCUCUUUGCCGACUUCAUUUCCCGCGAGUCGCCGGGCUCGGGCUUGUUCCUUCGAUUGGAGAAGCCGUCCGCGGUGCCGUUUGCUGAUGCACCCGCCAUCCAGGUCUACCGUACGCAGUAGGUGGUGUGGAGCAGCAGCAGUAGAAGAGGCGAAUAAGCCCCGGCUCGAGCUCCAAAAGGCGGGUACAUGGGGCCGUGUGCAGAAAGAUUAGGCGCCGGGACUAUCCCCACUCUGAUCCAAAGCUCGCCUGUCUGAAUAAUUUGGUCCUGCGGCUGCACCGGCAACAUCGAAGAAUCAAAUGUGGCGCUGACGAGGUAUUGUUGAUUGCUGGCUGAUUCGAGGAGAGUCGG